GGUGGGGGGAGUGGAGAUGGGACGGGACACAGCUCUCUUGGCUUUGGUCUUGAUGGAAAGAAAAAAAAAAUCAAUGUUUGGAUUUGAUUUCGUCUGAGGCUUUCUGAGAGCGCCUGGCUGGGCUCAGCCCUGCACAGGGAGUGAGAAUAGGGGGUCUUUAGGACCCGGACAGGCUCGGACCAGCGGGGCCUGGAGGCCAACCUGCCGUGGCUUGAAUGGGAGGCGGGCGGCGGCGCCGGGAGGCUAGUCGAAUAGCUCUGUGGUCGCCAGGCAACCGCCCUGACGCAAUGCAAAAGACCGUCCCUUCAAAAAAGAACCGUGAGGAGAAUUCGCAGUGUUUGUGAGCUCGGGAGGCGGGAGCCAGAAACCGAGAGCGCCAAGGGCAGGCGCGGGCUGGCUGCGGGGUCCUCGACAGCUCCGGCGACGCGGCUGGAGCGCAAGAGGUAUGCAGAGAGAAGCAUUGGAUCCUGAGUGGAGGGGCAACUGUUAGCACUGGACACUGCAAACCAAGCCUUUCUGGGUGAAGGUCCCUGCGAGAACACAGGCUCACGCCCCCCCCCCCGCCCCAAAGUGCAUUCCCAUCACCUCCGACCUGCACACUUCCGGCAAGCAUAACUAGAUCUCGGAGGAGGCCGCCCCAGACAUUCCUGCUGAUGCCUGUCUGAUCCUGCCUUCUGUGAAGCAUGGCCCCCAUGGGAUUAUGGGACAAAUCAUAGACCCUGAGCCACACCUGCUCGGAGAGGCACACUUCACAGCCUCCCUUGGCUCCAGCUGCUGCCAAGCCUCGGGACUCACUCCCAUCCCCGCAAUGCCUUCAGGAGCCAUGGCCACCACUGUAUGAGGUCCUUCCCUAGCAGGACUUGACCUUGCUACCCAGCAAGGCUCUGGAGUGACCUCCACUGCCUCCCAUGCCUGGCAACCAGGGCAGACUAGAGAAUGUCUGUGCCACGGAUCCAGGUGGAAGAAGUGGGUGAGAAAGACAGGCUGGCAGGAGCAGCCGCACCUCCCGAUGACCACCUACUCAGCCUCAAGGCCCUCACCGAGAAACUGAGGCUAGAGACCCGAAGACCCUCCUACCUGGAAUGGCAGGCCAGGCUAGAGGAGCAGACAUGGCCUUUCCCAAAGUCAGCUGCCCCACAAGAGGCAGGCUUGGAACAGGAAGCCUGUGGAGAUGGAGUGCCGUCAGUCCCUCUGAGGGAAUCCAGAGAGCUGCUCCCACCUCCCAGGAGUGCCAGCCAGGGUGACGGACCUCUGACCACAGGCAAGCUGGAAGGCUUCCGGAGUAUCGAUGAGGCUAUAACCUGGGUCAGAAAGGAACUGGCAGAGAUGCGGCUCCAGGACCAGCAGCUGGCCAGGCAGCUCAUGCGCCUCCGUGGAGACAUCAACAAGCUGAAGAUUGAGCAGACCUGCCGCCUGCACAGGAGGAUGCUCAACGACGCUGCCUACGAGCUGGAGGAGCGCGAUGAGCUGUCCGACCUCUUUUGCGACUCCCCUCUGGCAUCCUCCUUCAGCCUUUCCACACCGCUCAAGCUCAUUGGCGUCACCAAAAUGAACAUCAACUCCAGAAGGUUCUCUCUCUGCUGAGAAGCCUUGGGAUGGAAGGGGGGGACCAGAGCCAAGGGCUGGGGGCGGGGGCUCAGACCAAGUAACUCGAAGUGGGUCUCCCUGUGGCCAUGCUGGGGAAUGGAAGGCCCCCGGGGCUUCAGCCUUGCAUACCUGGGUCUUCACAUUCAAUCCCCGAAGAGUCUACAGACACUAUGUAAGACAGGGGUCUCAGAGAGAUCCCUGUGGCCUGCUCCCCUCUGUGGCCUAAAAUCAUUGGUGCUAUGAUAUUGAAUCCCAAAGGGGUCACCCCCCACCACACACACACAAAGCUUGUUCUUACAGAAAGCUCUCCUCUGAGGAAGCGGGGAAGAUUAAAUGUAUAAGGCACUCUCAUCUCUCAUGUACUGGUACCACCCUCCCAGUCCUAGCUCUAAUUGCUCCUAAGUAGGUGACUCAGCAGCCUGGACAGGGAUGCGUUAGGACAAGAAAACCUAGAGGAAUAUCGAGGUGGCACGUGGGAAUGCAGGCUUCUCUUUGAUGGCUGCCAGCAUCCCUGGGAGGGAGCUCCGCCCUGUGACUUUGAACUAUAGCCUUAAUGCUACAAGGCCAUGCUGUUUCCAGCUUGCUCCAUGACACAUGAUGCAUGUACCUUGGAUACCUUCAGUAGGGGGACCCAGACACCCUGCUCUCCACGCUAGCUCCAGUUACAACCACUUCAGUUAUUUCUCUGCCACUCACAACCCCAGGGGAGCACCUAGCAGUCCACUGGUGACUAAACCAGGCAGAUAGGAAACAGAUUUCCCCCAAGUAAAUUCUACCGUAGGGGGCAUGACAAGAGGCCUUCCUGGUGGGACCUGAUGGUGUCACCCACAAUACCUUAUCCUCAGCACCAAAGACCCCAGGGAGUCCAGAAGCCCGCCCCUAGCCUCUCUUCAAGACUGUGCCUGACCUAAACAAUGAAUUUUAAUUGACCAUGACUGUUAACUAAUGUGUUGCUAACUCGUUAAUACCUGUCUGAUUCUUGUCCAAAUUGUAAGCCAGUUGAGUAAGCCAAGCAGAGUUUGGGGGUUAGUUUUGAGAGUUUUUUUUUUCCCCCUAGGAGAAACCUGGAGAUCAGCAAAAUGUUAAGUUGAUCGGUUCAGGGAACCUGAUACAGCACAUCUGGCCACAUGUAAUCCUGUUGACACACGUUUCUCAGAUAUUGGGUGUGUCUAGUGAGGCCGGCUCAUUAGCAGAGGGGCCAAAGAAAAGCCAGGAAUGAGAACAGCUUCUCUCAAGUCACCUGGUUGCUUAGUGGCUGUAGAAUACUAAAGUGUGAAAUUACUGUGAGUCAGGCCUAGACGGAUCUCCUGUCAAUGAACUUAAACUUCCAAGAGAUGGUCCUGAUGUUCUGCCAAACCCAUAAGUUGCCAGCGUCUCUCUCCCUCCCUUUCAGGCCCCACCCAUUCUCCCCACUUUGCAAUCUGAAGUCUUGCGGGGACGGGGGAGAAGCAUGAUGCCAGGAUGGUGGACCUUCGACGCUUCCCAUCAGUCAUAGUCCUGUAGUCUACACUGACUGCUCUCUGUAUAUAAUGUUUGUUCUCCCUGGGAUCCCAAUUGGCUGUGUCCACACACACCACAACACACCCAGGGAGAGGCUGAAAUGGGAAGUUAUAACUGAAUGGUCACGGAUGACUGAAUCUUGUGAUUUCAGAGCCAGGCAGUUUGUGUUUCUUUUUUUAAAAGGUAGAAUAAGAUAGCCAAGAUUUUUUCUUAAGAUCCCUGAAGUCCAUAGGCCUUGACCCCAAUCCCUUCCUUAGAGACCACAUAAAACACUGCCAAGUCCCAAGAGGCCUCAGCACCUCUCAUGACCUCCUGACUCCAGUCUCCUGCUGGCUGUCCCUCACACACCACGUCACAGAGAACACGUGAAAGAAGGCUCAUCCCAUAUUCUAGAAACAAGGCCAACCUGGUAAGAAAUUAAUCAUUAGUCAAGCUACCACACCUUUAAUCCCAGCACUCAGGAGGGGGGGGGGAGGAAAAGGAGUUCAAGGCUAACCUAUGAUACUUAGUCAGUUCUCCAGGCCAGCCUGGGCUACCUGAGACCACGUCUCAAAAACACUGUAUCAGUCAUUACAGAAACUGACACCCUCAGCUUAAAGCAAUGGAAUUGGAUGUGGUCAGCAACUAAAUACGUGAUUGAGCAGCUUGUGCUCAGCUAACCCAGCAUCUUCCUCCUCCUUUUGUUCUCUGAGGAAACUUUGUCCCAGGCAUGGAUUUGAAUAGGUUAGAUGUCUCAGCUCAAGUUGUUCAUCUCAAGUUCAUCCCAAGAGAAUCUCAUCCUGGGAAGAAGACAGAAAGUGGGCGGGGGGGGGGGGUCACAAAAGUGGAGGGGAAAGUCAUUCUAUUUUUUUACGUGCAGUUAUUAUCUGUUAGUUCCCUGCCUUUCAUGGUGAGCACAAGCCAUUAACUGUUCAUUCUGCUUGUAGAAUUCACGCAACAUUAACAGCCUUCCACAGCCAGUUUCCUGGCUUACCGUAUGUACACAGUCCAGUUUGCUGUUUCAUCAUUAACCAUCUCCACGCCCCCCAAGUCUCUCCACCCCCCUGUGAGACACGAAAUAUCCACUGUGCUGCCACAAGGUCAUGCCCAUUGCCUCCAUGGACUCAGUAGCAAUCACAGAGCCCUAAGGGGCCUGGGUAGGCCUGGCUGUAACCUGGCCUCAUCCAAGAUCUACCCCUGUAGCAAUACCAAGUGCUAUUACAUAGUCAAUGGACAAUUUACAAUUUUAUUUUUAUGAUUAUUUGUUUCUAUAUUACUGUUAGAAAAGAGUGAAAUAAAAAUACUUCAAAAGAAGAUA